AUGAAAAUUUCCAACUUUGCAACCUAUAUUGCAACUCUAUCUAUGUUCUUCACUGCAAACGCUGCACCAGUUGAACCUAACAAGAAGCAAAAUAUCAUUUUGAUGGUUUCAGAUGGUAUGGGGGUUGCUACACUUGAUUUGGCAAGACAAUACAAUGCUGUUGUAAAUGGUCUUGAAUUACCGUCACUUCUUAACCUUGAUGAUUACUUGAUUGGCAGUUUGAGAACAAGAUCCAAUUCUUCUUUUAUUACAGAUUCUGCAGCUGCAGGUACUGCUUUGGCAUGCGGCAAGAAAUCUUAUAACAAAGCCAUUGGAGUUGAUCCUGAUAGGAACCCUAUUGGAAAUGUGGGUGAAGCGUUGAAAAUAGAAGGAUAUACUGUUGGAAUUGUUGUAACUACAAAAAUCACCGAUGCAACCCCUGGAGUAUUCUAUGCUCAUUCAGAUUCAAGGUCUUAUGAAGAUUUAAUUGCAGAACAACUAGUUGGUGAGCAUCCUUUGGGAAGAAUUCCCGAUUUGGUUAUGGGAGGUGGAAGAACAUAUUUCUAUCCGAAUACUUCUGAAGGUGGCAGCAGAGCUGAUUCGAGAAACUUGAUUGAAGAGAUUCAAAAUAAUGGAACUUGGAGCUAUGCUGGUAACAGACAAGAAUUCGAUGAAUUAGAUGGUGGAAACAACGUUACUUUGCCACUAUUAGGGUUAUUUGCUGACAAAGAUAUUCCAUAUAAAAUCGAUCGUAAUGAAUCAGUAUACCCGUCAUUAAAUGAACAAGUUCAAGUUGCUUUGACUGCUUUAACUGAAGCCACUAAAGAUUCUGAGAAAGGGUUUUUUCUAAUGAUCGAAGGUUCCAGGAUCGACCAUGCAGGUCAUGCAAAUGAUGCAGCAGCCUCAGUUAGAGAAACUAUUGAAUACGAUAGUGCCUGGAAAGAAGUUUUAGAUUUUGCAGAUGCUUCUGAGGUUGAAACUCUUGUUGUUUCCAUUUCUGAUCAUGAAACUGGUGGUAUAUCAUUGAAUGCAGAAAAAGCGGAGGAUUAUCAACCAUUGAUCAAUGCUACUCACUCAGGUGAAUAUUUAAGUAAAGAAAUAAACAACUUUUCGGAUAUUGAUGAUGAUGCUUUAUUUACUAAAUUUAUUAAAAGUGAAAUUAUUGAAAAGGGCUUAGGGAUUUACAAUUAUACAAAUGAGGAAAUUGAAAGGGUCAAGAACACUAAAAAUAAUGAAGAGCCAGAAUAUACUGAAGUUUUAGCAAAUUUGACUUCCUCUAGAGCCAAAAUUAGGUUUUCAUCGUAUGAACAUACCGCAGUGGAUGUUGGUGUUUAUGCUCAUUCAAAUUCUGAUAGACUUCAAUAUAAGGUUCUUGAUAGAAUAAAUGGAUUAGCUGGUGCCCAUGAAAACACGGAUUAUCCUAAAUUUCUCCAAGGUAUAGUUGGUUUUGAUAUGGACGAUGUUACAGAAUUAAUUCAAGAUAUUCAACAUACUCUUGAUUAG